AUGGAGGAAGGAAACAUGUGCACUAUCUGUGGUACACUACUACAAGAAACCGGUACCGAUAAAAUUACUCUUGUGAAAUCUAAAGGCCUCGAAACUUUCAUAAACAAAAGUCAAUGCAGAAAAGAUGGACUUCAUGAACGAUGGGAAGGAAAAGAAAGCGUUAGAUUUCACGAGAGUUGUAGGAAACGUUAUUCGGCGUUAAAGUUGACGGAGAAGAGAAAGAGAGAUUCAUCGGAAUUACCUCCACUAAAUUUCCCUACAGCAACCAACGUUUCAAUUGAGUUCAAUUUUGAUGAGUAUUGUUUUAUUUGCAACAAGCUACUAGAUCGUAUUCACAAAAAAGUAUCUACUUUACAACAUCUAUAUACUUAUAAUAAUCUUGUACUAAAAGCUUCGAAAAGAAAUGAUGAACUCGGCGUAGCAGUAUCAAACCGACUAAUUAAUACGCCAUUUAGGGAAAAUUACUUUCAGUACCAUUAUUUGUGUUACAAACAUUUUUUGUAUGAUUCUUCAAAGGCGCCUUUAACAGAACAAACUGCAGAACCAGUACCCGAAAUACAUAACGAAAACCCUCAACCACCUAAUGCUCCAUCGAACGAUGAUGUAUUUGAAGCUAUAUACGAGUACAUGGAGGAAAGUGGUAAAUUUCGUUUUUCUUUAUCGGAAUUGCAAGGUUUGAAUAAUGAAAAAAUCAGUAAUAAAGUACUUUGUAACAGAUUGGAAGAGAAAUACAAUGAUGAUAUUUAUAUUUUAAAACAUCGUGGUCGCGAAACUCUUAUUUAUUUUCAAAAAAUAGAUUUGACUCAAACAUGUAGCGAUUGGGUCACUAAAAAAUCUAUAAGCAAUUUCGAAAAGAAUGCUAUUAUACAUUUUGCUGCAGAAAUUUUGAAAUUUGAUAUUAUAAACGCAAAAUACGAGAAUUCAACAUACCCACCAGCUGAAAAUUUUCUUGAUAACGUCAAUUCAGAGAUUCCAGAGUUAUUACAAAAUUUCCUCUAUGAUCUGUUACUUGAUAAAGCAAAAAAGAAAAGUACUGAAGAAACUCACGCGAAAAUAGACAUGAUUGCGCAUAGUAUAGUGGCUCAGUUACGUCCGAGAUAUUUUCUUUCAAACUUACAACUAGCUGUUGGAAUGUAUGUUUAUAGAAAAACGGGAUCGAGAAUUGCAAUUGACCUUCUUUCGAAAUUUGGAGUCAGCGCAUCAUAUGCAUCUAUUCAAUUAUAUGAAGCCGCAGUAAUCAUUAAUCCGCCGAUUCAACAUAUUGAUAGUCCAUUUGUUCAAUUUAUAUUUGAUAACACUGACCAUAAUGUUGGAACAUUAGAUGGUAGUAGGUAA